CCCUAUUAUCAAGAAGGCCAGGAUCCAUCUCAACGAACCCUUCGCUGCAUUUCCAUAAUUUUACCCUCUUAACUGCCUUCUCCGAAGUCCAAACUUUCAGCUCAGAAUGAAAAUUGAAGAAGAAAAAUCUCCCUGAAGACCAAGAACAGAGAGAGAUGUCUCGUGCGGUCCUUCAAACCGCUCAAAUUAUGUCUCUCAGCUCUCAAAUCCCCAACAAGAACAUCCCUUCUCAAAUCCCCACCAAAAGCCUCCCUUUUCAGCAUUGCCCUCCUCUCUUAUGCCCAAUGCGAUGCUCUGCUCGAUCGAUUUCCGUCGGAAAAUCCCGGAAGCUUGUCGUGGUUGCCGGAUGUUCUUCUCCAGCUCUAGUAGAUGGAGACCUCGCGGCACAGCUUGAACGCUGCUUCAGGCUCUCCCCUGACGUUUCUGAUGCGGGCUUGCCUUCAUCGUCGACGUCGUCGUCUUCUUCUUCUGUUAUGUUUGCUCCUGUUAUGAAGGGUCAGUACGGCGCGUUGGGAGCGGUGACUCUUGAGAAGUCAAAGCUUGAUUUGUCGCAGAAGCUAUCCAAGUCUAGUCCCGAGACUGCAAUUGGGGGAGGGGGUGGAGAUAUUGGAAAGAAAAAUAGUCAUGGUGGUGGCGACGGGGGUGAUGAUGGUGGUGAUGACGAUGACUACAUUGGUGACUUUGAUGAUGGAGAUGAAGGAGAUGAGGGUGGUUUGUUUAGGAUGCGAAUGGUUUUUGAGGAGCUUUUUGAUAGGAAGUUUGUAGAUGCUGUCUUGCAAGAGUGGAAAAAGACAAUGAGGGAUUUGCCUGCUGGGAUCCGCCAAGCGUAUGAAAUGGGUUUGGUAAGCUCUGCUCAAAUGGUGAAGUUCCUAGCAAUCAAUGCAAGGCCAACAACUGCUCGGUUUAUUUCUCGAGCUCUACCACAAGGACUAUUUAGGCAAUUCAUUGGCAGGAUGAUUGCAGACCCAGCUUUCCUAUAUAAGCUUAUUUUAGAUCAGGUCGCUACAAUUGGCUGCACUAUUGCGUGGGAAUUGAAGAAUCGUGGGGAAAGGCUCAAGCAGGAAUGGGAUCUGGCUCUUAUUAAUGUGCUGACAGUAUCAGCCUGCAGCGCUGUUGUUGUAUGGUCACUUGCUCCUUGUCGUUCGUAUGGAAAUACAUUCCGCUUUGAUUUGCAAAAUACAUUACAAAAGCUUCCAAACAACAUUUUUGAGAAGAGUUAUCCACUCAGAGAAUUUGACUUGAACAAAAGAAUCCACUCAUUCUUCUACAAGGCUGCAGAGCUGUGUUUGGUUGGGUUAACUGCUGGAGCAGCACAAGCUUCUUUGUCAAAACUUUUAGCCAGUAAGAAGGGAAGAUUAUCUGUGAUAAUACCAACUGUCAGUACAAAUGCACUUGGUUAUGGGGCUUUCUUAGGACUUUAUGCAAACCUGCGAUAUCAGCUGCUAUGUGGAAUUGACAAAGCUCUCUUUGAGCGUUAUGAUGUUAUUGGGGUGGCACUAUUUUUUAGCACUGCAUUGAGGAUUCUGAAUGUUCAAGUUGGAGAGACAUCAAGGCUAGCUUGGCUUGGAGUAGAGGGAGAUCCACUGAUUCAGUCAGAUAACCUGUUGAAGGCUUACAGCAGACCAUCCAAGGAUGUUACCACAUCUUCUUCAAACUGGUUCAUCUCUAAGAAAGCUAUUGUUUCUGGGUUGGGUCUCCUUGGCAUUAAGCAGGGGACUGGUGACCAUGCUGCUGAAGGAGAGAUGGCACCUUCCAAAGCACGGAGGAAGAGAGUUGUCAGGAGGAAGGUGACCGCAAGUUCAACGUAGCACACAUUCUUUGAUGGUAUCACUAUCACAGACCAAUUUUGUAGCCGUGGAAGAUUCAAUUUUUCUCGAUUAGGUGGUGCUAUUUGUUGUUGCUUCGAUGUAACGCAACUUAGUGGCAUGGAUUUGCUGCCUGCUUUGAAGUAAAAGGGGUGGGGGUGUUUGAAAGGUCUCUUUUAUUAUUACGGGAGAGAUUUGAGGUGAGAUUAAAGAAAUUGUCUUUUUUUUUUAUUACAACCACUUUAAUUAAUGGAAUAGAUAAAUUUUUUUUUCCUUUUUUUC